UUCAGUUUAUAUUUGUUAGGCUUUUUAAUUGUUACAUUAGAAAUUAAAUUAUUUAGUUUAUAAAUAAUGUUUAAAAAUUUAUUAUAAUUUGAUAAUAUCUAAAACUAAAUACAAAUCGUCUCAAAAUCGAACCAACGAAAAAUUUUUCAGCCCGAAACCAAACCAUUACCUCCCCGUCCCCAUCUCUGAGAUGAUAAAAAAUAUCUGUGGCAAGUUCCCUCAUUACUCAGAAGGACAAUUUUUAUAAGUUGCUCAAAUCAGUACAGCAGGAGGCAGGACAUGAAAUUGCUGUAUAAUCAUCAUUCCAUAUUCUUUAGCCUGUUUACCCGCCAACUCUCUCUCUCAUCUUUCCCGCCAUUGAAACCAAAUUUAAACUCUCAAUGCAUCAAUGGCCACCUUCAAGAGUCCUUACUACAAAUGGCCUUUAAAGGUCCUGAAAUGAUAUUUGAUGGCUACAACACGCUGUUGAAUGACUGCGUGAACAGAAAGGCCAUAAGAGAAGGCCAAAGGGUCCAUGCCCACAUGAUCAAAACGUGUUAUCUCCCACCUCCUUAUCUCAGAACCAGAUUGAUUGUUCUUUAUACUAAGUGUGACUGUUUGGGUGAUGCAAGACAUGUAUUUGAAGAAAUGCCUGAGAGGAAUGUGGUUUCUUGGACUGCAAUGAUUUCAGGUUAUUCUCAGAGAGGGUUUGGCUUUGAAGCGUUGCAUCUUUUUGUGCGGAUGUUGAGAUCAGGUACAGAACCAAAUGAAUUCACUUUUGCUACUGUACUAACUUCUUGUACAGGUGCUUCUGGGUUUGAGCUGGGAAGGCAAAUUCAUUCUCUCAUAAUCAAGCAAAAUUAUGAAGCCCAUAUAUUUGUUGGAAGCUCACUUCUUGACAUGUAUGCAAAAGCUGGCAAAAUCCUUGAAGCUCGAGGGGUUUUUGACGGGUUGCCUGAAAGGGAUGUUGUUUCUUGUACUGCAAUAAUCUCAGGAUAUGCCCAACUAGGUCUUGAUGAAGAGGCAUUAGAACUAUUCCGGAGGUUGGAAAAGGAAGGAAUGAGCUCAAAUUAUGUUACUUAUGCUAGUGUGUUGACUGCAUUAUCUGGGCUUGCUGCACUAGAUCAUGGUAAACAAGUUCACAACCAUGUUCUUAGAUGUGAAUUGCCCUUUUAUGUAGUUCUUCAGAAUUCUCUGAUUGAUAUGUACUCAAAAUGUGGAAACCUUAAUUACUCGAGAAGGAUCUUUGAUAUUAUGCCUGAGCGAACUGUUAUCUCAUGGAAUGCAAUGCUUGUGGGGUAUAGUAAACAUGGAAUGGGCAGAGAGGUGGUUGAGCUCUUCAAAUUGAUGAGAGAAGAAAAUAGAGUUAAACCUGACAGUGUAACUUUUUUGGCUGUUCUAUCUGGCUGCAGCCAUGGAAGAUUGGUAGAUAAAGGACUAGAAAUAUUUGAUGAAAUGGUGAAAGGGAAUAAUGGGAUUCAGGCAGAGAUAGAGCAUUAUGGGUGUGUUGUUGACUUGCUUGGGCGUGCUGGCCGAGUGGAAGAGGCUUUUGAAUUUAUCAAAGGGAUGCCUUUUGAACCAACUGCAGCCAUUUGGGGUUCACUUUUAGGUGCUUGUAGAGUUCACUCGAAUAUAGACAUUGGCACAUUUGUAGGUCAACGACUUGUACAAAUAGAGCCUGAGAAUGCAGGAAAUUAUGUCAUUCUUUCUAAUUUAUAUGCUUCUGCAGGGAGAUGGGAAGAUGUGAGAAAAGUAAGGGAAUUAAUGAUGGACAAGGCUGUGAUGAAGGAGCCAGGAAGAAGCUGGAUUGAACUUGACCAAACCCUGCAUACUUUUCACGCAAGUGAUCGCUCCCACCCAAGGAGGGAAGAGGUAUUUUGGAAGGUGAGGGAAUUAUCAAUCAAGUUCAAGGAAGCUGGCUAUGUCCCUGAUUUGAGUUGUGUUUUAUAUGAUGUGGAUGAGGAGCAAAAGGAGAAAAUACUUCUAGCCCAUAGUGAAAAACUGGCUAUGGCAUUUGGACUCAUUGUUGCUUCAGAGAGAGUCCCAAUACGUGUGAUAAAAAACCUCCGGAUCUGUAGUGAUUGUCACAAUUUUGCUAAGCUUAUUUCAAAGUUUUACGGAAGAGAUGUGUCUCUAAGGGAUAAAAACCGGUUCCAUCAUAUUGUUGGGGGAAUCUGUUCUUGCGGUGACUACUGGUGAUUUUUGGAGACUUUACCGUAUGUAUGCUUGGUUAUUUGGUUAUCCCUCUGGAGAUUGUGAGAGGCUUGUUGCAAUAUAGGUUCUGGUCGAAACACAAAGAACAGUGUAUUUUCAGUGGAGAGAUAAGAUGAAUGUGCAACCUUAUUUCAAAAACAACAGUCAUAACAACUGUAAUUCAGUUGAUUCACUUGUGAUGCAGUGAAAGUUGAACCCUUUUUGUAGAACCUUAAGCUGCUGAUUUGGUUGCACAAUGGCUCAUUCAUCAUUGCAGCCAGUGGACAUGUCUAGGCCACAAGGAGAGGCCCAAGGUUAAAAUUUCAACCGGACCUCGCCUCCACCAGGGCAGUCCUGCAUGUGGGACGACUCGGAGCUCCCCUGCUACAUCACCAGCUUCCUAACCAUUGUGAUUCUCAGUGUUGAGUUGAAUGCUAUGCUCAAUCUGUCCAUCGAGACUUGGGUGCACCAGAAGGCCCUCCAAUGCCUUGAUAUUUUGAAACUUGGUACCUUGGGUUGUGGGGAAUCAGAGUAGAAUCAUGAUCUAGGGUAUGACAUAUGACUCUUUGGAUGCAAAAACUUUUUGUUGAUUUUUUUGGGUGGUGAACUUUUUACCUGUUGUUGAUAAUGCAUAGUUCAGUAGAGGGCUUUUGAUUCUGCUGACAUUAUGUUCAUGGAGCUUAAUUAUGCAAAUUUUUUGUUGUUAAUUUGGAUGUUAUUGAUUUUAUAAGCUUCUAUGAGUUUAAAUUUCCUUGUUCCAAUUCA